GCUGGUGACUCGGUCCACUGUGCCUUGUGACGCAGCCGCCUGCGGGGUUGGGGAGUGGCCGCCUUGCGCCCAGCCCGCCCACUUCCACGCCGUGGGAAUGGAAACAUCUAACCCACGUGCCGGAAGCCAGCUUGCGCCUACGACAGUGCGCCACACCGUGCCCUACCGUAGCGAUCUCCUGCGGACGUCAUCUCGAGACAACCUCUGCGAAAUGGCCGCGUCCAGUCAAGGAAGCUUCGAGGGAAGUUUUGAGCCACUGGACCUUGCAGAAUUUGCUAAAAAGCAGCCAUGGUGGCGCAAACUGUUUGGGCAGGAAUCUGGACCGUCAGUGGAGAAGUAUAGCGUGGCCACCCAGUUGUUAAUUGGAGGCGUCACAGGAUGGUGCACGGGUUUCAUAUUCCAGAAGGUUGGAAAGUUGGCUGCAACAGCUGUGGGCGGCGGAUUUUUUCUCCUUCAGCUUGCAAACCACACUGGCUACAUCAAAGUUGACUGGCAACGCGUAGAGAAAGACAUGAAAAAAGCCAAAGAACAGCUGAAGAUCCGUAAGAGCAACCAGAUCUCCACGGAGAUGAGAAGCAAAGCUGAGGAGGUAGUGUCAUUUGUGAAGAAGAAUGUUCUAGUGACUGGUGGAUUUUUCGGAGGCUUUCUGCUCGGCAUGGCAUCCUAAGGAGGAUACUUCCAUUAUUCCUGGUUUUUCCAGCUAGCAGCCUCUUCACUCCAUCAUAGGACAUCGAGCCUACUCCCGCUCCUUUUCUCCUGUGCCUUCCUCCCUGCUGUGGCGUAUCUAGGCAUCUCUUGGUACAAGUUGAUACUGCCCUACUGUGACCUUGACCACGAUAGAAGAGACAAUAGACAUUAACUCUCCUGCCAGAACACUCCCUAUUGAGUAAUUGUAGGUCAGCAAGAAUGUUCCUUUCCCCCUACAUCAGAUACUUACCAGAACAUCGUGCAAGAUGGCGCACCAUGGAGGAUGAAUGCAAUCUCAAAGGUCCCAAACUUGAUUUGGAAAAGAAGUAACGAGCACAUAGAUAGAUACUUGAUUAGAUGCUGCAUGGAAAGGAACUGAAUACAUUUGCCUUUAAGCAUGAAAGAUAUUGGUAUCUUGGUGUCUACUUUCUUUUUUAGUUGGUUUUAUAUUACAGAAAGAGGUAUUUAUAGCUUCUAUAAUUAUCCUGACAAAAAUGGCAGCAUGAGCACUAUAAUUAAAAAACAUGAAUAAAGAAUGAGCUUGUGCUGAAGGUAUACAUGCUGAGCUGAAAGUAUUGUGUUUGGUGAAAAGGUCUUUAGGAAAAUCAACCAAUAGAUCGUUCGUUGGAUGGUCAGACUUAAUGAAUUAUGGAGGAGCAUUAAGAUAUUAUCCACAGGCGUUUUGCACCAUACAGGAUAAUGCACCUCAUGGCUGUUCCCAAAGGGUUUAUUAAUGGUAAACUAAAUGACUUCAGGUGGGACAAGGACGAAGCUCUUGGAUUUUUAUUUCAUACAAAAGGUUUUAAACUUUGGAAUGUGAAGUAUUCUGUACUUGUCAAAACAUUAGGGGUAGUCAUAGCUCCUCUGUGCCAAUUCUAUUUCUUUAUCCAGUUAGUAUAAAAUAUGUAACAUUUGAACCAGAGUUUUAAAGAGGUAGCAUUCCAGGUAUUCAGAAUUCAGAAUGGUGGCAGUAGCACCUGUGAAAUAAAUUAGUUCCAUCAUCAAAUGUAAUCCACUGUCUCAUGAUGACCCUAACUCUUAGAAUUAUUCUUUAAAAUAAAAGUUUAUAGAUACGCACACGCUUAGAAUCUUAGCACAUUUUGCUGGAACGGCCUGAUACCAUGUCUGCAACCCCAUUUAGAAAAGCCACUUCUGAAGGGCACGGCUUGGUGUUCAACAUGGUACCCGUGGGGCCUACACUUAGCAGGUACUCAGUAUUUGUUGAAUGUAUGAAUAAUGACCUCAUACAAAGGUGUCUGGAAAAGAGACUGAUCCAAAGAAUUGGAGAGUAUGAGUUCUGAGAAUGCAGAAAACUUGGAGCUAUUUCUUAAACUUGCAAGUGAUUCCUUGCAAAAUGUAUGUUUUUAAGGCCUUCCUUUUAAAAUAUUUGCCUUUUAAUUUAUCUUGGAAAUGAUGUAUUGAAUGUGGAAAUUGUAGCUACCAGAUGUGUGUAAUUUUGUAGAAUUCAUCAUUUGCAUUUUUCUCCUUAAUUACAUUAUGGUAGUAUUUUUUUUAAGGCAACAAGUUAUUUUGCUUGCAAUGUGUAUGAAUCGUCCCCAAUCAUAAUGCUAUGAGCCUCUUUGCUGCAUAGUUUUGUACAAGAACUUAAAUUUUUUUCACUUUUUAUUAUGGGAACUUUCAAACAUACAAAAGUAGAGAAAAUAGUACAAUGACCCCUAUGUAUCCAUCACCCACCUACAAUGAUCAUCAAAGUAUAUACCUUGUUUUAUCAAUUAUUUUGAAAUACCAAAUAUAUCAAUUCAUAUUUCAGUAUAUAUCUCUAAAAGGUAAUAACUCUUUAAAUAAUCAUAAAUACAAUAUUAUACCAAAAAAAUUAAUUCUUUAACAUCAUCAAAUAUCUAGUCAGUGUACAAAAUGCCCUGUCUCAAGUGUUACAUUUGGUUUGUUUGAAUCAAAGUCCAUAACAGGUCCACAUUGCAUAUAGAUAUGUGUUUCAAGUCUCUCCUAAUCUUGUAUGUUCUCCUUUUUCUUUUGGCUUCCAGUGUAUUUAUUAAAGACACUGAGUUAUUUGUUC